CAGAAAAGUGGUAGUCUCAGCUACGUACUAAACUUUAAAGAAACUUGAUUUUACUGCAAAACGACGUACUCGCCGGCCCGUAUCGAUCAUGGCUAAAAAUUCCAGCUGUAUUGCUGAGGAACCCCUGGAAUACAUAAUGGGAGGCUUCAAAGAAUUGUCAUCUAGUUUAACGCUGGUGUUCCAGGCCCUUCAGGAUGGAGUUCAAGAUGUGCUGCCGGGAUUUGAUAGAAAGCUGCGGGAUGAGAUGGUGCAGGCAUUUUUGAAGUACAAUCUGUUUUUGGGAGAAAUGCAACAGUUCAUCAGCUACAGUUUGACUCAGCUGGAAUUCGCGGAGACACUGAAACAUUUGUGCGAUGCACUGCCACAAGACGUGCUGAUCAAGUUGAUAGAUGACGCUAAGGCGCUGAUAGACGUCUUCGCCCGCAUGGAAACCGAGAUUAAGUGCAGCCGCCAGUUCACCAAUGCAGUCAAGGACUUCGCAAAUUACAAGAAAAAAGUUCAAGGUUUUAUGGCGGGGCUUAUGAAAAUGGGUUCCGGGUUAGGCCUUAUUGGAGGCGGGCUCUGCCUUUUCUUGGGUGCGGUGCCUGUCCUCGUGACUCUUGCAGGCGCAGGUGUUACUGCAGUGGCAGUCGGAGGCCUUGGGUAUAAAUACGGAGCUCGACCAACUAAGGAGUACGGCCAGUACAAGGAUAUUCUCAGUAACUUGCAAAAACUGCAGGACUGCUUAGUGGACAUUCAGAAUGAGCAACGAACUCUUCAGGGAACAGGAAAAGGCUUAGAAAAACUUCGUGACAGCAACCGUAGCACGGAGAUGGAGAACAAAAUCAUUGCAAAAAAGUUACCAGAACUUGUAAACAUCCUAAUGAACAUGCGCCAGGAUGUAGAGAAAGGAUAUCUCCUGCUGAAACAGCAUAGUUUCAAGUAGAAUGAACGUAUCAUUCAAAACCUCUUUAGUGUACGAGUAUGUUUCCGGUGUCGUCGUUCAGUUAUGAUUAGGCUUUAUUUGUUCCACAAGGUGAUUAGAAAUCGAUCCCUGUACAAUUUCAUGAUUCUCGAAAAUUUUAUGCUCUAAUAAAUUUUCCUAUUGCACGGUACUUAUUACGGUUUCCUGAUGUUUUCUUCUUACGCUACUCUGUGGUUUGUCUCAUUAGUUUUUCUAGUGCAGCCAAUGGCUAUAAUGUACAGUGGGUGUUAAUAAAAUAAGAGCAC